CUGCUCUCUCUCUCUCUCUCUCUCUCUCUCUCUCUCUCUCUCUCUUGUACAUACAUGGCGUCCUCCUCUUCUGAUGUUGGAUCUGAGGGGGAGAUGACUCCGCUCCAAAAGCACGUGGCCUUUUUCGACAGGAACAAGGAUGGGCUCGUCUAUCCCUGGGAAACCUACCAAGGGUUCCGUGCGAUUGGGUGCGGCGUAGCUCUCUCCUCCGCAAGCGCGCUGCUAAUCAAUGGCUUUCUCGGCCCCAAAACUCGCCUCGGGACAUGUCCAUCACCCCUCCUUCCUAUCUACGUAAAGAACAUUCAGAAAGGCAAACACGGGAGUGAUUCAGGCGUCUACGAUGCCGAGGGAAGGUUUGUUCCUGAAAAGUUCGAUGAGAUCUUUAAGAAGCAUGCGCACACCAAUCCGAAUGCCUUAACAUCCAAAGAACUGAAUGAGAUGCUUAAAGGGAACCGAAUUCCUAGAGACUACGGUGGAUGGGUUGCUGCGUGGACAGAGUGGAAGAUCCUGUACCUUCUCUGCAAGGAUAAAGAUGGGCUCCUUCAGAAGGAGACCAUAAGAGCUGUGUAUGAUGGAGGCUUAUUUGUGAAAAUGGAGCAGGAGAGAGCGUCCUCUAAAAAGAAACCAUAAAUUUUAACUAAUAUGUAGAAGAAGAGGGUUCCCUUGAAGAACCAUCCAGUCAUGGCUUACUCUUUAGCAAGAUCAACUUGGAGUUAUCUUGCCAUGGAGAACUUGUGCUUAUUUGUAGAUUAAGGAGCACCCUCAUAUUUUGUUGUGGUCUAGAGAAGGCCACAUGGCCCUUGCUAAUGUAAUCAUCAAGGCAUCAAGCCUAUAUAUAUGCCCAUCUUCAGAAGUUUGUGUUGGCCACAAAUUUCAGUGCCACUGAAAGAAAAAAAGUGAAAAAUAGGACAAAUAUUUAUAAAAGUUUAGCUUGUGA